GGGACCUUGUUGAUGUCUGGCAGCAACCAAUAGGAGAUGGAAGGGGCGUGUUCUGUGUGAAAAGAGCUGUGUGGGCGGGGACCCGGUGCGCGCUCUCCGUUGGUCGGUUCUCUCCCUUGCUCUCUCCCACCCCCUGCACGGGAAGAUGGCGGCAGUCAGCACCGGAGUCCGUGACAGAACGGUCGGCAGUACCGGGAUUCCACUCCGCCUCCAUCGCCCUGCAAAUCCCGUCGCCCGGAUACAGGAACCGCCGCACAGCUUGGAGGCCAUGAAGAGGACUGAGGUAUCUGCAUUCUACAGUGAUACAAGAACAUCGCUUCAACUUGGCAAAACGCUGGAGCCACAGUCCGGGCAGUGCCACAACAGCCUCCAUGGAUCACUGCAGUCUCCAAAACCAACAUCCCUGCAGGCCCAGCCUGUUCGAAACAGUACUCAGCCGGUCCUGUCCACUUCUGUCCCUAAACACAGGCUCGAUGAAGCAAUAGCUGCAGCCGCUCUUACUAGUUUGUCCUCUGGUCCCUUGGUGCUGGGUGCCGGAACAGGAAGUAACAGUGAGGCAUGCCCUGAGAGUGUCAUUUCAUCAAGCUCCAGCAGUUGUAACAGCUGUGACCUCUAUAAUUCUAUCCCCUCUACGCCGUCUCCUCCACUUCAGGCUGCAACCUCAUCAGCCCACUCCGAUGCCGGCCUUGAGGAUUCCGACACCACCCACUUCUUGUUUGGUGAACCUGUACCACGGAAGAGGAAGAACUCUGGCAGAUUAAUGUUCCGCUGCCUGUGGAAGAAUUGUGGUAAAGUUCUCAGCACAGCCGCUGCCAUUCAGAAGCACAUCCGCACAUCACAUUUAGGGCCCAGUACGGAACAGGAGCCCAACGAUGGAGAAGAAGACUUCUACUACACAGAAAUGGAUGUGAAUGUGGACACACUGACGGACGGACUAUCUAGUCUGACACCCACCUCACCUACUACCACUGGCCCCCCAUCCUUCAUCUGUGCAGGGUCCUUGGGAGCAGCCAAUAACACAGAGCUGCCUCUUGUAUCACCCCUCAGUCUAUCCGCUCCUAGCACACUGUGCCAUGUGCAUACCGACCACGCCUAUCAAGCUCCCUCUCCCAUCAGUGUGUCCGUCACUUCUAAGGUCAGCUUUUCCUGGCAGUGCCCACCACUGCUCAUCAAGGCACCUCCGGUCCGGCCCACAUUGGAGAUCAGUGAGAAAAGGCCGCAGAUCUUAACCGCUGCUUCAAGUGCAAAGCAGGUUCCCGGGACUCGGAAGCCUCGUGGGGAAGCCAAGAAAUGUCGCAAGGUGUAUGGCAUGGAACGGAAAGAUAUGUGGUGCACCGCCUGCCGCUGGAAGAAGGCUUGUCAGAGAUUCAUAGACUGACUUAUUCAGCCGCUAAACCUCAACGGCCCCUAAGGGGCGCAACUGAGUUUUCUCUAUAGACUCAGUUUUAUUCCAAGCCUUUUUUUGUGGAAUUUAUGACAGUUGUUAUACACCUGAUAUUUUUAUAAAUGGAUUGUAUUA